AUGGGACAGCUGAUAUCACAGCCCUUGACGGAUAAGACUGUUGAGCAUAAGACGCUGCCCAGGUUCAGCUAUGCGCUAGGGUCCAUGCAGGGCUAUAGGCUUACACAGGAGGAUGCCCAUGCGGUACACUUUCAGCGAGAUUUGCCCUUCUGGGACGUUGACGGGGGCCUACGGUUGAUAGACGUCAAGAUAUUUGCAGUGUUUGAUGGGCAUGGCGGCUCAGAAUCAUCCAGGUACCUGAGCCACGAGCUGGUUGAUACGAUACUGAGCCAUUUGACGCAAAAGCUCGAUGAGAGUGCAGAUGGGGAUUAUGGCUUGCACUUCAGCACCACGCAAGGGCUGGUGAUACACAAGAUCAAGGCGGCGUUUCUACAGAUGGACCAGCACCUGUACCAGCACUUGAAGUACCACGGAGCCCAAUGUGGCUCCACUGCGAUUGUGUGUGUGCUCAUUGAUAACGAACAGCUGUACUCGAUCAACACAGGCGACUCGAGACUGGUGGUUUCGUACGAGGGAUCUGCCAAAUCCCUGUCGUACGACCACAAGCCAACACAUAUAGGGGAGCUCAUAAGGAUAAACGACGCCGGGGGCUCUGUCUCGUACAACAGGGUAGGAGGCGUGUUGGCACUCUCAAGGGCGUUUGGUGACUUCACGUUCAAGUCGAGACGACUCGCCGACAACCAGACGUUGCACUCUGAGGAGACCCAGGUCACCGUGGAGCCGGAGUGCAUAACUCAUCACCUCUCCAUAAAGGACGAGUUCAUUGUCCUGGCAUGCGACGGCAUAUGGGAUGUGUUCACAGCCCGUGACCUCGUACACUUCAUAAGGCAUUGUCUCGUCCUGGGCAUGGUGUUACCAGCAAUAACUGCAAAAGUACUGGAGCAUAGCAUCUCGCUUGCUAAUCAGCAAACCGGCGCCGGCUUUGACAACAUGACAAUGAUCAUCAUCGCCUGUCAGCAGCACGGCGAGACCUUAGAACAGUGGUAUAAGAGGAUCAAAUCAAAGAUCGAGCUCGAGAAGUUCGGGUGA